CCCUCUCUCUCCGCGGGCUCGAGUCGUCCUUCGUGGCCGCAGUCAUGGAGGCAGAUGGGAGUCAAGCCAUCUCGGGCAGCCCCAGCGACUCGCAGCACGACCCCGGUAAAAUGUUUAUUGGCGGCCUGAGUUGGCAGACCUCCCCAGAUAAUCUUAGAGAUUAUUUUAGCAAAUUUGGAGACAUUAGAGAAUGUAUGGUCAUGCGGGACCCAACUACAAAACGCUCCAGGGGGUUUGGUUUCGUUACAUUUGCUGAUCCGGCAAGUGUUGAUAAAGUAUUAGCUCAAGCUCAUCAUGAAUUAGAUUCCAAGACGAUUGACCCCAAAGUUGCAUUUCCCCGAAGAGCUCAACCUAAGGAGAUUAUAGUUAAUGUGCACAUUUUAAAGUACACAGCUACUAGAGAAAAUAGUGACUAA